AUGGGACGAGGUGGUCGUUCCCGAAGCGGCGCGGGUGCGUCUCGUGCAACGCCAGCAACACUCAGAGACCCCGAUAGGCACUUCACCAUCGUGACGACGGCGAGCCUUCCUUGGAUGACCGGAACCUCCGUCAACCCCCUUCUCCGCGCGGCGUACAUGGCGAACCGAGGAGACGAAUGCGGAGUGACCCUCUUGGUUCCGUGGUUGGCACCUUGUGAUCAGAAGCUGGUGCACCCAAACGCGAUGUUCCAAACCCCUGAAGAGCAGCAGCAGUAUAUCCGAAGUUGGCUUGCUGGACGGGUCGACUUUGACCCAAAGUUUGAGAUUCACUUUUAUCCAGGACGAUACGCCAUCGACAAAGGGAGCAUUGUCCCUGUGGGAGACAUCACGGAUUACGUCCCCGACAAUGAAGCUGACGUUGCGGUGCUCGAGGAGCCAGAACAUUUGACGUGGUUCCACCACGGCAAGCGAUGGACUCACAAGUUUCAACACGUCGUCGGAAUCAUCCACACCAACUACCUCGAGUAUGCGCGCAGAGAGAAAGACGGCGACAAGAAGGAGGUCCUCCUCAGGGGGGUCAACGCCUUCGUCGCUCGCGCGCACUGUCACAAAAUCAUCAAACUCUCGGAUGCUGUGCAGGAUUUUGCGAGGUCCGUCACUGUCAAUGUCCACGGCGUUUCACCGCACUUCAUCGAGGUUGGCCGCAAAAUUGCGGCUGCUGCGAAGGAUAAUACUAAGAGCGAGGAGGAGGUUGGCAGUACUUUCGGCAAGGGUAAAGUCGGGUACUUCAUUGGAAAGGUCGUCUGGGCUAAAGGCUACCUUGAGCUCCUUGAGCGUGUCAAGGAGUACAACGCAACAGCAGCCUCAAAAGACAAGCUCAUCAUGGAUGUAUUUGGGGAUGGCGAUGACUUCAAGGCGGUGAAGGACUCAGCAGCUCGCCAGCAACUUGCGCUGACAUUCCACGGGCGAGCGGACCACGCGGGAGACGUGAUUCGAGGCUACAAGUUUUUCAUCAAUCCAUCGUUGUCUGAUGUUGUAGCCACAACCACAGCAGAGGCGUUGGCGAUGGGAAAGUUUGUGGUUUGUGCUCGGCACCCCUCCAACGAGUUCUUUUCGACCUUCAAGAAUUGCCGAACCUAUUCCAAUCCGGACGAAUUUGCCGAGUGCGUGCGCGAGGUUUUACACGGUGAGCCAGAGCCUAUAUCCCCCAGUGACCUUCACCGUCUGACUUGGCAAGCAGCCACUGAGCGAUUCCUUGACGCUGCCGAGCCGGAUCCACCUGAACAAAAUAUCGUACGCAAAGUGAGGUCGCUUUUGGGCGACUGGGUUUCGGCUAAAUUUCAUAAUAUGCUCACCGCAUCGGAGGCGGUGAGGUGUCUAGUAGGCGGGGGGGCAGGAACUCUGCUAAGGCCAGGAACAGGUCUUGCGAACUGGCGACCUGACAUCUGGUCAGGAGGAGUUAUGGAUCGAAAAUGA